CUACGAUGACCAGGUCUUAUUGACCAUGUUUGUGGGAUGUCGUUUGAGACACUAUCUAGAAAAGCCUUAGACUUAGAGGCUACUCUAGGAAGUGCUCAACCUACUCUAGGAGACACGAGGAAGAAGAAGGGUCCACAGGAAUGGAAGAAGAAGGGGAGCAAAUUGAUGAUGGUUGAGUCCGAUGGGACUCAAACGGAGAUCGAAGAGCUCACAGACCUGUUGGACUAUUCAGAGUACGACGGCGAGGAAAUCGCUGAGGGUAGCACCCUCGCCGCAGUUGUAAAGACUAAGACCGGUGGCCGAGGGAAGGGCCAUCAAAAGAGUCAAGGGCAGGCCGCCUCCAAUCAGACCAAAGUUGUUGAUUGGGUCAAGGCAGGUCUUGAUCAAGAAGUGUGGCGGGACCGCCGAGUGCGUGGCGCUUGCAUUAACUGUGGUGAAUACGAAUACACCCAGUAUAAGUGCAAGAACGCGAAGGACCGGGUACAGCACCUUAGUAGACCCGUAGCAUCUACUUUGGCCAAUAAGGAGCGCAUGAUUGUCACAGACUAUAUCAAGGAUGUAGUCCGUACCUUCUCCUAUGGAGGAGGGGAACUUAAUCACAAGAUUUUGUUCCUAGUUAGCGACGACCUACCAUUCGAUAUGCUGUUAGGAAUGUACUACCUUGAGGUUGCCAAGCCCCAGUUUGACUGGGACAAGAAGGUGCUAAAGCAUAAGUUGCCUAGUGGAAGAACAGUGAGACUGACUAAGUUCAAAGCCAGUAGUAUAAUCGAUACCUAUGGCUGCUUGUGUGCAUCAGCGUUCUACAACUGCUAUAAACAGAACCAAAAGGAGGGUAUGUACCUAGUGUAUGUCUCUGAGAAAGGGGAGGCCGUUAAAACACCCCCAGAGAUAGAAAGCGUCGUUGCUAAGUUCCCUGAUUUGUUCACUGAGCCUACAGGAGUCGUAGAGAGGGAGAUUGUCCAUGCCAUAGAAAUCAUUCCAGGGAGUAAAACCCCAAAGGGAAGGAUCUAUAGGAUGGCUCCGGCCGAGUUGGAUGAACUUCGGCGACAACUGAAAGAGCUGACAAAGAAGGGAUGGAUCCGGCCGAGUACUUCCCCCUACGGAUCUCCAGUGCUAUUUGUACCGAAGAAGGGGGGUACAUUGAGGAUGUGCAUUGAUUACAAAGGCCUCAAUGCCAUCACGGUGAAAAACGCAGAGCCUCUACCUCGCAUAGACGACCUAUUGGAUAGGGUGCAGGGAUGUAAGUACUAUAGCAAGAUAGACUUAAAAUCCGGCUACCAUCAGAUUGCAAUAAGACCUGAGGAUCAGCACAAGACUGCUUUUCAGACCAGAUACGGUCUGUAUGAGUUUGUAGUGAUGCCCUUUGGCCUUUGCAAUGCGCCGGGUACAUUCCAGCACGCCAUGAAUAGGAUCUUCCAUGACCACUUAGAUAAGUUUGUCGUAGUCUACCUUGACAAUAUUCUUAUCUUUAGUAAGUCUGUUGAGGAGCAUGCACAGCAUGUUGAGACUGUACUCUCACUCCUGCGACAGCACAAGUAUAAGGUCAACCUAGAGAAAUGUGAGUUUGGACGCACUAAGAUCUUAUACUUGGGUCAUGAAGUAUCCGCGGAAGUUAUUAGGCCGAAAGAUGCGAAGGUGGCUAGUAUAAGGGACUGGCCACGACCUCAGACUGUUACUGAGGUCAGAUCUUUCUUAGGAAUGUGCGGCUACUAUAGAAACUUCGUAAAGAACUAUUCUACAGUCGCCUUUCCUUUGACUGAUCUAACUCGACUUGACACGCCGUGGGACUCGAGUGAUGAGUGUGAGGCUGCUUUCAAACGAUUGAAGCAUGCACUCAUGAAUCAUGAAGUUCUCAUGGUGCCCGAUCCUCAGAAGCCAUUCAUUGUAACCACUGACGCAAGCCAAUACGGCAUUGGCGUAGUGCUGGCUCAACAGGAUGGGAAGAAGUUGAGACCGAUUGAGUACAUGAGCAAAAAGAUGCCAUCAAAGAAACUGGCAAAAUCCACCUAUAAAAGGGAACUUUAUGCUCUCUACAAGGCACUUGUCCAUUGGAGGCACUUUCUGUUAGGACGGUUCUUCUAUUUGAGAACUGACCAUCAGACCCUUAAAUGGAUCAAGACUCAACCGGCUCUUUCUGAUGCACUCAAGCGUUGGAUUAAGGUCAUAGAUCAGUAUGACUUCAAGCUAGAGUAUCUGAAGGGACAGUACAACAAGAUUGCAGAUGCGCUGUCACGUAGAGUAGACUACCUAGGCGCGCUAGUUCCUGACUUUGGUGUGUCUGAGGAACUAACUCAAUCGCUGGUGGGAGCCUAUCAGGAAGACCCUGUCACGAUGGACAUCAUACGCAAACUUCAGGCAAAAGACAAGGCCACAGAAAAUGAGUUUGUGAUGGUAGACGGGCUUCUCUUUCUUGAUAAGGCCGGAUUUAAAAGAUUAGUUGUCCUCUCAUCGCCAGCCUGUACAACAACGCUGUACACAACAGUAUCGGCGUUAGUCCUAAUCAGCUACACUUGGGAUGGAAGCCUAAAUCAGCUCAGGACUUCCUCCUGCCUGAAAAUCGACCGUCUGCAACUCCAGGCACACGAGUAUGGUGUGCAGUAUGAGAAGUUGCUACAGCAAGUUGCCGAACACAUCAAGAAAGCUCAGCAAGCAAUGAUUGCUUCUGAGAACAAACAUCGUCGGCAGUCCUCAUUUCAGGUAGGGGAACGUGUUUGGGUCAAGGCUAGUGAGUUAGGACAGGAAUUCGGAAUCUCUCGCAAACUAAUGCCUCAGUAUUUUGGCCCAUGGGAAGUCCUGGAUAUAGUUGGGGAUGAGAUGGAUGGUCCUACCUAUGUUAUCCGUAUCCCUGGUCACUUACGCACUCACCCUGUCUUUCAUGCCUCAAAGCUUGCACCUUUCGCUGCGACAAAUCAAUUCCCUUCAAGGAGAUCGAUGCUGCCCCCAACCAUGGAUGGUCAAGUGGACAUCGACGACAUUGUGGAUCACAGAGAUCUGCCUGUUCCAAAGCCACUGGGUAGAGGAAGACCUCCAAAACCCAAGCGGGAGUGUCGCGUCAGAUUCAGGCGUCAUACGGAUCCGAAGAAAGAUCGGUGGUUCACCAGAGAAGAACUGAUUGACACAGCUCCUCAAGUGGUGGCAGAAUAUGAGAGAAUGUUAAAAGGGAAAGCACCUGCGAAGUAAGCAUCUCAGCGGACUUUCGAAGCUAAGGAGGAUGGAAUGUGGGGAUUGAG